AUGGAGAAUAAACCGCAUGUGCGACUACCGAGUGCCGGUCAAGGGCGAGCCGAUAUAUCGAAAAAUACGCCGAAUAGGGGAGGGUAAUAGUUUUCCUACGUUUUCUUUUCAACGAACUGAUUUUUUAAAGAGAUUUUUCCAUUAGCGACUUUGAAAUCGGAAGACCGCUCGGGAAAGGAAAGUUCGGCAGCGUUUAUCUGGCCAGAACAAAAAAGGGACACUUUCACUGUGCCGUCAAAGUGAGUUGCACUUGUCAUCUACUUGCUCAAUUGCAAUUCCUAGAUUCCAGGUUCUUUUCAAAUCCCAAUUGAUUUCUGGAGGUGUCGAACACCAGCUGGAACGCGAAAUUGAAAUUCAGUCUCAUCUGCAUCACCCAAAUAUCAUACGACUUCACACAUACUUCUGGGAUGCCAAGAAAAUCUAUUUGGUGCUGGAGUACGCACCGGGCGGCGAAAUGUACAAGCAACUGACGACGCAGCGCAGGUUCCCGGAGACGUUGGCCGCAAAGUAUAUGUACGAAAUUGCGGACGCCCUCAGUUACUGCCACAGAAAAAACGUGAUUCAUCGAGAUAUCAAGCCAGAAAAUCUGUUGAUUGGGGCGAACGGAGAACUCAAAAUCGGAGAUUUCGGAUGGAGUGUCCAUGCGCCUUCAAACAAGUAUGUUUUUUUUUAUUAUUCAAAAUUGUAACGUGAAAACAUUUCAGGCGCCAGACGAUGUGUGGAACGAUGGACUAUCUGCCUCCAGAGAUGGUCAGUGGGCAGUCUCACACUGCCGCUGUCGAUUUGUGGGCGAUCGGCGUCUUGUGUUACGAAUUUCUAGUUGGAAAGCCACCUUUCGAGCACGAACACCAGAAAGACACUUACGAUGCUAUCAAGGUGGCGAGAUUCACUUACCCUGAUCAUGUGAAGAAGGGUGCUCGUGAUUUGAUCGGCAGGCUUCUCGUGGUUAACGCCGCGCAAAGACUUUCGCUGGAAGGGGUCAGUUUUCUGUGUAAUCCUUAUAAUUUCGAAACUUCCUUCCAGGUUAUGAAUCAUUACUGGAUCCAGUCAAUGAUGGAAACGAGGCAGAAGGCCGAAAAGCAGCAAAAACAAGAGAAAGAAGCCAGUCUCCGCAACUAUUAG